AUGGCUAGUGAGGAGAGUUUUGUAGUGUUGGUUCACCAUAGAGGAUCGAUUAAGAGGAAAACAUGGUCCGGUGUGAAGUUUACCGAUAAGGAUCCUCUCAGUAUUUUUAUGAGGCCUACGACGAGCUAUGAUGACCUAGUUAAUUCUGUACUACAGAAACUUAGUCUGGAAGGCGUGAAACGGGUUAAGAAGUUUUUCUAUCGCAUUCCAAUUUCGGUGCUGCAAGAAAUCAUGAAGUAUGAUUGUCUCACGAUAGGGAGUGAUGAGGACUUGCAGCUCGGGGGUUCGAACCGGAAUACCCCGACUGUAGGCACGGUAGCCGGUUCUAGUUCCAGACCUGCUGGUGCAUCUUCCUCCAUCCCUGUGUAUGAACCUCUGGUCGAGCAUGUCGCCUCCCCUUUGUUCGCUGCUGAUCUCAACUGUAGUGGAGGGGGCGAGGUUGGAAUAGGGGAUACUGUGCCGACCUCUUUACAGUGUGCUGCACCGGCUGGUCUGGAAGAUGCAUUGUUGAAUGAUCCAAACGAUGAUGAUGUGGAGCCGGAUAUCAUUGCUGAUGACAGUGGCGAUGAUAUAGGAGCAAGUGAGCCAGAUGGGGUUCUUGGGGAGCCUGCUGGAUUUGGUGCUAGAGAUGCCGAAGGGUCUGCAGGUCUGAUAGAAUUUCAGGUUGGUCAGCAGUUUCAGGAUAAAGAUGAGACUGUGUUAAGUGUCAAGACGUACAGCAUCCGACGCGGGGUACAGUACAAUGUGGUGGAGUCUGACUAUCGCCGGUAUGUUGGGAAGUGUUCUGAGUAUGGGAAUGGGUGCACAUGGUUGAUUAGGCUUAGUCUCUGGCAGCGCAAGGGAAUUUGGGAGGUUAAACGGUACAACGGACCACAUACGUGUCUCGCAACGUCCAUCUCCAGCGACCACAGGAGUUUGGAUUAUCAUGUGUUCUCGCAUCAAGGUGCUCCUGAAUGCGACGGCAGCACACUUUGGGUUCAGGCCGACGUACAGGAGGGUUUGGUUGGCGAAGCAGAAGGCCGUUGCCCAUAUCUAUGGUGA